AGAGAGAAAAUGAUUUGGCACAUAGAGAGAGAAACUGCACAAAAAAGAGGUAUGGUGUCCAUCCAAUCCAACUACUCUCCCAACCGCAGCAAGCAAGAGUUCUACACCCUCGACUGCUUCGACCACCGCGUCCGCGUCAUCGUCACCGCCGCGCCUUCCAUCGUUCGCAGGUGGGUCCACACCACCCUCUACCUCCACCGCCACAUCCUCCGCCGCGGCCGCCUCUCGGUGGGCCUCGGCGUUCAGUGGCCGCCCGACCGCCCCUACGAUCCGUCCACCUUACAGCUCUGCGUCGGCCGCCGCUGCCUCGUUUUCCAGAUUCACCACGCCGACGCAUGCCCCGCCGUACUCCGCCGCUUCCUCUCCGACGCCAGAGUCACUUUCGUCGGCGCGUGGAACCACCGCGACGCGGAUCUGCUGCGCGAUUCGCCUCACCGUCUGCGGAUCUCGCGCCUGCUGGACGUCCGCGACGUGGCCGACGAUCGCAGGGGCUGCGGCCGGCGCCUGUCGCUGGAGAGGCUGGCGGAGGAGAUCCUGGGCUGGGACGGCAUCGUGAAGGAGGAGCGCGUGGGGAGGAGCGCGUGGGAUGAUGACUGGCUGACCGAGGAGCAGGUGGAAUACGCCUGCGUUGAUGUUUUUGUGGUGUUCAAGAUGGCCAAGGUUCUUAGGGCUUGGAACUGGCCGCUGGGUUUUGUGGAUAACGUUUUCGGAAACUGGUUUAUUGUAGUUUUGUGGAUAGUUUAUGCUUUUGGAUGUUGA